ACGAAUGAACGAAAUUAAUAUUCUGUGGUAAAAACUAACCUAUAAAGACAUCAACAAUUUCAUGCUUUGAGUUACUUACAUCUUACAUCAAAUGUAUAAAAAGUGUUUUGUUGUAUUAUUAUUUACCAGUUUCCGCAUAUAUUACUGAUCUAACAAAUAUUGAAGAUUUUCUGUUGAUUUUGCCAGUCAUUGUGACAAUAAGAAUGAAUUCCUCUGAAAUAUUCAAAACACUAUGCCAAGGUUUGAAAUUUCCAAAGCAAACCAACCCUACCCAUUAUUUUAAAAAAACCAAACCGAAACCCGAUUUAAAACAAGAAAUUAAAAAUGAGUUUGAAGAAAUCUCUGAAUCUAUGAAUUCUAUGAAAUUGGAAGAACCAAAUGAUUCUGACAAUGGUAUUACUAUUUUGAGUUCAUUCAACACCAAGACAGAAAAGAAAGGUAAGAAGCGAAAGCUUGAAUCUGAAGAUGAAGUCCAGCGGAAAAAACGAAUUCAGGAAGUGGAACAAUUGAAUCAUUAUAGAAACGUGAAUAAAAUAAAAGUUAAAGGCAAAAGCCUUCCUCCACCAGCUCAAACAUUUCCUGAAUUUGAAAUAGAUUCGGAUCUCCAAGAAAAUUUGAAAAAAAUUGGUUUUACUGCACCUACUUUGAUUCAACAGCAGGCAGUACCUAUUAUGAUCAAAAAAACCAAACCGAAACCCGAUUUAAAACAAGAAAUUAAAAAUGAGUUUGAAGAAAUCUCUGAAUCUAUGAAUUCUAUGAAAUUGGAAGAACCAAAUGAUUGUGACAAUGAUAUUACUAUUUUGAGUUCAUUUAACACCAAGACAGAAAAGAAAGGUAAGAAGCGAAAGCUUGAAUCUGAAGAUGAAGUCCAGCGGAAAAAACGAAUUCAGGAAGUAGAACAAUUGAAUCAUUAUAGAAACGUGAAUAAAAUAAAAGUUAAAGGCAAAAGCCUUCCUCCACCAGCUCAAACAUUUGCUGAAUUUGAAAUAGAUUUGGAUCUCCAAGAAAAUUUGAAAAAAAUUGGUUUUACUGCACCUACUUUGAUUCAACAGCAGGCAGUACCUAUUAUGAUCAAAGGUAAAAAUCUAUUGGCUCUGGCCCCUACAGGAUCUGGUAAAACAAUUGCCUACCUUCUACCUAUUAUCCAAAAGUUGAAAUCUCACAAGAAAAAAGGAUUUCGUUCCCUCAUCUUAUGCCCAACACGUGAAUUGGUGAAGCAAAUAAAAAAUGAGUGUGUCAAGUUAGCAGAAGGCCGAAAAUUGAGAAUAUUCACAAUUCCUAAUAAGAAAAAAGCAAUUGCUGAAUUCAGUUCUAAGGGUAAACAAACCUAUGAUCUUAUGAUAACAACUCCUGGACGUUUAUGUCUCCUACUAGAACAGGAAAACUCAACGUUGGACUUGAAAACUGUAGAGAGGGUAGUUGUUGAUGAAGCUGACAAACUUUUUGAAGCUGGUAAUUGUGGAUUUGGAAAACAGCUGAGGCAAAUUUUAGGUGCAUGCAGCAAUGAAAAUCGUAAAAUAGCUAUGUUUGGUGCGACGUCUCGAUCAUCUGUCUCAAAGUGGUGUUAUAAAAAUGUGAAGAAUUUGAUACAGGUUGAUAUAGGAAGAAGGAAUACUGCAUCCCUAGAUGUGGACCAAAAAUUGCGUUUUGUUGGUGAUGACAGAGAUAAAUUAUUUGCUCUACGUGAUAUUAUUAGAAAUGGUAUUGAACCACCAGUUCUUAUUUUUGUAAAAACGAAGGAUAAGGCUAAAAUGUUAUUCAAGGAACUUCUCUUAGAUGGUAUAUAUGUAGAUGCUAUUCACGCUGACAGGACAGAAGAAGAAAGGGGAAACACAGUGAGGGCUUUUCAAAAUAAGAAAAUUUGGGUUUUAGUAUGCACUGAAUUAAUGGCAAGAGGUAUCGAUUUCAAAAAUGUAAAUCUGGUUAUAAAUUUUGAUUUUCCACGAGACUUGGCUACAUAUAUUCACAUGGUUGGUAGAUCAGGCAGAGGUGGACAAAAGGGUGCAGCAAUUACAUUUUAUAAUGUAGAAGAUGUGGAGUAUUUAAGACAAAUGGCACAUAAGUUGGUGGCAUCAGGAUGUAAUGUGCCAGAAUAUCUCAUAGAAAACAAGAAAGAGAGGAAGAAGAGGGCGUUGAAAGCAAAAAAGGACAAAUCAAAGGUUCAAGAAAAUGAAACUAAGAAAACCCAAAUGGGCAAACCAAAGGUUCAAGCAAAUAAAAAUAAGAAAACUCAAAUGAACAAAUCAAAAGUUGUGAACAAGACUAAGAAAACUCAAAUGGCCAAAGGAAAAACUCGAAAGGAGACAUCAAUUGAAUCUGACUAGGAGGAGAUGAUUUAUAUUAUAAUGUUUUAUUUACAAAUGUAUAGGAGUCUUGUAAAUAUUAAUGUACAAAGUUAUAAUUAAACAAAUAAUUUCUUA